UGUUGAUUUUUUCCCUUUCGCUUUUGGGUUGCCUGUGGGUGUGGUUGGUUGGGCUGCUUGCAAAGGGCAGAGAGAACAGACACCCAGCCAGCUGCAAUGGCCUCUGCAGCUACAGCAGAGGAAGUGCAAGAUGAAGCCAUUUGCUCCAUCUGCCUGGGGUAUCUGACAGAGCCGGCGACUAUAGCGUGUGGGCACAACUUCUGCCGAGCCUGCCUAACCCAGCACUGUGUGGAAAAGGGAGAGGGGACACCUCUGACCUGUCCCCAGUGCAGAGCCCGGUUCCAGAAAGGGGAGUUCAGGCCCAACACCCAGCUGAACAACAUCAUACAAAAAGUCAAACAACUGGGGUCAAAACCAGGAAAAGGGCAAAAGGAGAAGCUGUGUGAGAGACACGAGGAAUGUCUCAAACUCUUCUGUGACGAGGAUGGAGAAACCAUUUGCUUGGUGUGUGAGAAAUCCCGGGACCACAAGUCUCACACUGUGGUUCCCAUUGAGGAGGCUGCCCAGGAGUACAAGGAGAAACUCCAGGGAGCCCUGGGCCCUCUGAGGAAGGAGCUGGAGGAAGCCCUGGUGCUGACGUCUAAAGAGAAGAAGAAAACCACAGAGUGGCAGGCUUGGUGCCAGCAGGAUCAGGCUGUGUCUCUGGUGGUGGCCUCAGCACAGCAGCUCCUGUACGUUGCAGAGGAGGGGCAGUUCCUGGCCCUAGUGAGGUGGUGCAAACUCACCCCAGUGCUCUCUGAUGGGGGGAAAGUGAAGAAUAGGAGAGAGAUGAUUGCAGGUGAAUUUAACAAACUGCACACACUGCUGAGAGAGGAGGAACAGCUGCUUUUGCAGAGUCUGGAGGAGGAGGAGAGGGAGACUCUGCAGAGACUAAGGAAAAAUGUAACCAAACUCUCCCAGCAAAGCUCCUCUCUGCAGGAGCUGAUCACAGAGAUGGAGGAGAAGUGUCAGCAACCAGUUGUGGAGCUGCUAAAGGAUGUGAAAAACACCUUGAGCAGGACUGAGAAUGUGAAACUCCAGGAACCAGAAGCUGUUUCUACUGACCUGAAGAACAUGUAUAAAAUUUCCCUUGACAUGAGAGAAGCACUGAAGAGAUUGGGAGUGGACGUGACUCUGGAUCCAGACACGGCAAAUCCCGAACUCGUCCUGUCUGAGGAUCGGAAAUGUGUGACAUACGGAGACAAACGCCAGGAUCUGCCCAACAACCCUGAGAGAUUUGAUCCUUGUGCCUGUGUCCUGGGCGCUGAGGGGUUCGCGGGCGGGAGGCGUUACUGGGAGGUGGAGGUGGGAGACAAGCCUGAGUGGGCUCUGGGGGUUUGUAGGGAAUCUGUGAGCAGGAAGGGGGACGUCACACUCUCACCUGAGGAUGGAUUCUGGGCCGUAUGGCUGAGGGAUGGGGGAUACGAGGCCGGCACCCCCAUCCCGACUCCCCUCCCCGUGAGCGUCAGGCCGAGCCAGGUGGGGAUUUUCCUGGACUAUGAGGCGGGCGAGGUCUCGUUUUACAAUGUGACUGACAGGUCCCAUCUCUUCACUUUCACCGACACCUUCUCCGGGAAGCUCCGCCCUUAUUUCAGUCCUAGUGUCAUCGCUGGGGGUACAAACGCGGCUCCCCUGAUAAUCUGCCCGGUCCCAGCUCAGGCCGGAGGGAAUCUCUGUCCCUGACAGUGACCCCGCGGCACAGACUGGCCCCUCCCAGCCCCGCUGCUCUUCCCGUCCCAGUGGUGGGGGCCAGUUACUGCAGCAACUGGACGUUUUGUGCUGACCGGACACUGCCAGUUUCCCUUUUCACCUGGAGGUUCCAGUCAAAAACCGGACACCUGGGAACUCCCAGCCCCCACCUCCCGUCCCCGGCCCGAGGGGUAGCAAGUGGGGGGUGAUGGGGUCAUUCACUCCUGUCAGAAUUUUCUAACCCUGUGAAAUCUCAGUGUAAAAUAUGAAAGAAAAAAGAUUAUUUUAAUUUAGAAAAUAGUAUUGUAACAAGGUGUAAAUACAAGAAUAUUUUAAUUUACAUUUCAACAGUAUUUCAAAAAACAAGCAGAUAAAUAUAUUUGUAGAAAUGGAA